GUCCCAAACUAGCUAAGAGCCCAGAUCAUGACUAUGUUGCAAGUGAUGAUGCUUACGACAGCGAUAUCUCUCUUGAAAGGGCUCCACCAAUCACACGAAGCAGAAAACGAUCUAAUCAGACUGCAUUUCAUUCAAGUAUUUCCAAAAGAAAUUCAGUCAGCUCUUUUUCUGAAGACCUUAGUGAGAUUAAUGGGGAUGACAGUGAAAGUGGGACUGGAAGUAGACUGGGCUAUAAAAAAAUAGUUUCAGAGGCAGGUGUGAUAGAAUUUGAUUCAGAUUCCAAUUCUGCAACUCUAACUUUUGUUCAGCACAACAAUGGCAGCCUGAUACCUGUUUCUGACACGGAAUCACCUGAAAUAAACACGUCUCAAGGAGGAGAAAGUAUAAUUCCUGAACUUAAUGAAAUAAAGAAUCCACCCCGUAAAAUAACUGUUGGUUCUUUGAGCAGACGGCUGAAAGAAAAGUUAAAGUCCUGUGAUCUGCACCCAACUAUUGUAUUAGAAGCACUGACUUCUAAGAACAUAGAUGCUUCUACAGGCGACUGUAAGAGCAAGGAACCCAAGUCAGAAAGUACAGUUUCAUACAAAUGUUCUUUUCUAGACUCUUUCUUAUCAUAUCUCAAUCAUUAUCCCAAUGCAACAGACAACAAAAACACAAAAUCUUCCCACUUCCAAAGACGGAGUGGACCAACGGAACAAAGGAAAAGGCAUAACUUUGAUGACAAAAGCUUGUCCGUUGAAAUCAGUGGUGACAGCCCUGUUAUUAGGAGCCGCGGUAGUAGCGUAGAUGGAAGUGUGACCAGCACCGACCCAGGUAGUUUAGCUGACACCGAAGGCAGUACCAUCAGCUACAGUACUGGCUCUGAAAAAGAAAGUAGCAUGCACUCUUUACAAAGAGAAACAAGCAGCUCUGGUG